AUGACAUCUUUCUUAAUCUGGAUGAACAACAAACUUUCUGCCUUAAACUUCAACAUCUUUAAGGCAAAUACUUCAUAUUCUCCAGAUCCAUCAGCCUUUGCAUAUGUUUUUAUGUCACCCGUUCACAACGUGAAUGAGAUUCUUUAUACCCUUUUGGUGCGUGAUGAAGAUAUUGGUAGAGGAUGGCCUGUUGCCUUUAUGUUCUUGAAGAGAUCUUCUUUGCUUGUUGACCCAAAGCAAUUUACUAUUGAUUGUUGUGCAGCAGAAGUUCACGCCAUUCAGACAACUUUCCCUGCAACAUCCAUUCAAUUUUGCAUCUUUCAUGUAACCUAUGCAUGGAACCGAAAGUUAUCUGACAGUGUGAAGAUUCCUGGAUCCUUACCAUCAGAGGCACAAAUUUUACAUGGUGUGAUGAUGAAGUCUCUGCAAGAAAUCAUUUAUGAAGAAGACAUAGAUGAGUUUCAUCAUAAAAUUGUACAGUUUAAAGAAGACUUUGACGACCAAGAAAGCUUCUUGGAUUACUUUGAGAGAAACUGGUGCAAAGAAGCAAAGUUUAAGAUCUGGAGUAGAGCAUACCAUGAACGACAAUUUUCCUAUAUGCUCACAAAUAACUAUAUUGAGUCCUGGCACAAUCAAUUAAAAACAGCUUUCAUGAAAAGAUCUAGAAACAAGAAACUUGAUAAGCUUGUUUUUGUUUUAGUACAUGAUGUUGAGUAUUAUCUCACCCAAGAAUAUGAACGCGUCAUGUCAAACAAUGGUCCAAUGAGUUCUUUUACUAGACAACAAAGAAUACAUGAGAUGGAAGCUGAAGAAGUCGAUGAUGAUGACAGGGAAAUGAUGAUUGUUGCUUCUGGUACUGCAGAAGAUGUAAAUUGGCAAGUUCGGUUGUUUGUAAAUGAAAAUACAGCAUAUGUCGUUCAGGUUGCAGAGCCAAACUUGAUUAUUUUGUGCAUCUGCUUUGAUUAUCAGCAAAGAUAUAAACCUUGUAAGCAUAUGUAUUUGCUUAAAAUGCAUACAAACCGAUCUCUCUACUUCUCUCCACCUUCUGUCACAAGUACAAACGUAAUACAGCCAGUCUCUACCUCUGAAACAGCUACAAUCACACCAACUAUCAGUCGUACAUCUGCUUUUAUACAGCAAUGUAUUGACAUCAAUCAAACACUUCAGUAUGCAAACUAA